AUGGUUUCGUGGUCUAGUUGGUUAUGGCAUCUGCUUAACACGCAGAACGUCCCCAGUUCGAUCCUGGGCGAAAUCAUUUUUUUUAUUGCCAGUCUAUAG